AACCCAAAGCCCGCAUAUAUAUAUAUCACAGAUCAUCAAAGAAGAAAUCUUAAACGAUUACGAGGGUGUGCCGUUCAAAAACAACGAUGAUACGGAUGGCCUCAGUAGUAAUCCGAAGCCCGCUUUUCAUAUCAUCAAAGAACAAAUCUGAAAAUAUGAAAGGGAUUACAAGGCUCCUACUGACAACCACGUCCUCUGUCAUCCCCUCCUACUCGAAUUCGCGUAUCCCGUUUACUGUGGUCAAAACUAGGUUGAUGUCGUCCGUAACCAACGACAGUUAUCAUGCGAAACUAUCGGAGGCCCACAAUAUGCACGAUGAUUCUGGGUUCGAGGAACUUGCUCCCAGUUAUCAAGACCAAAGUGACAAUGGGAAGGCUUCUGGUGAUGGAGUUGCAGCAAAUUGGAAAGAUUCUGAAAAUUCUGAAAGGCCAACUAUAAAAGAAUGCAAUCAUACUUUGGAUGAGAUGAAGCUUCUCGACAUGAGCGAUCCACUAUAUGCAGUUGCGUGCAGCAUUUUUUGCGAGAGUAAGGCGCACAGGGAGCAAUGGAUGUUGUUACGUCAUAAACCAAAAGAAGUUAUAAAGAACUGGAUAGAGAUGAAUGGGAAAAAACUAAGAAUGCUAUAAACUAAUUAAGAUGCUACAAAUAAUUGUGAUAUCAACAUGUUGUUACAUCUAGUAAGCAUGUUGAUUUGUACGUGUGGAACGUUGUUGUUUAAGGUUGUUUUAUCUUAUUUUCGAUCAUGUUAAGGUGGAUCUCGAUGGAUCUAGAUUUCAAUAAGUUUUUGUUUACUACUUGAUGGAUUUGCUUGCCAGAGUUUCCUCAUUAAGUGUACUACUCCAAUGUUAUGCAGUUGAUAUUUUAUGAUAGUUUGCUUUCUUCUUUGUUA